AUGGCCUACAUGCGUAAUGAUGCUGGUGAUGCUCUAAUACAGCUAUACCAUAAUUUCAUCACUGACUUUGAGACCAAGAUCAAUCUCCUGAAGCUUGCACAUUUUGCUGUUAUUGUUUCUCGGCAGUACCCCGAGAAAGAAGCUGCUAUUGGUUACCUUGAUGGGGUGAUUCACAAGCUUCAGGAUACUAGAGAGCAGCGCAUUGAGGAACCAAUUCUUUACAUUAAGAUGCAAAUUGCUUUGUUUAAGCUUGAGCAAGGUGACCAAAAAGAGUGCAAGAAACUUUUGGAAGAUGGAAAAAGCACCCUUGAUAGCAUGACUGACAUUGAUCCUUCAGUAUAUGCAAGUUUUUACUGGGUUUCAUCUCAAUUUCAUAAAUUCUGUCAAGAAUUUGCCCAGUUCUACAAAAGUGCUCUUCUUUAUUUGGCAUACACUUCUGUGGAGUCACUGUCAGAUUCGUUUAAGCUG